AUAAGCAAUCCUUCACUUUUAACACAACUUCACUGACUUUCCCUCAUUUCACUCUUAAACUCUAAACCCCAACUCUCCAGAUUUCAUAUUGCAAACGAUGGCGUCAUUGGAUUCAAAAGAAUCACCUGCCAAUAACCCAGGCCUUCAUUUUCCCCCUGACGAAGCCACCAAAGGCUACAUCAUGCAGCAAACCAUGUUUCGUAUUAAGGAUCCAAAACGUACUCUUGAAUUUUAUAGUCGUGUUUUGGGCAUGACGUUGCUUAACAAAGUGGAUGUUCCAUAUAUGAAAAUGACAUUGUAUAUGAUGGGAUAUGAGGAUGUUUCAUCAGCACCAAAUGACCCAGUUGAGAAAACUAUUUGGACAUUUGGAAGACCAGCUACUAUGGAACUAACACACUUUUGGGGUACCGAAAACGAUCCUGAAUUCAAAGGAUACCACGAUGGGAAUUCAGAACCUAUUGGCUUUGGGCACAUUGGCAUCACUGUGGAUGACAUGUACAAGGCAUGCGAGAGAUUUGAAAGUCUUGGAGUAGAAUUUGUCAAAAAACCAAGCGAUGGUUUUGCAUUCAUCAAGGAUCCUGAUGGUUAUUGGAUCGAAAUCUUUGAUUUGAAAGGAAUUAGACAAAUAGUUAACAGUUUAGCUUAAGUUAAUGCUUCACCAAGUUCAGGAAAUAAUGAUAUGGCAGGAAAUUGAUCUGAUAAACUCAAGUGAAAUCUUAAUUGAAGCACAUUUCAUUCUAGUUAUGUUUAUGUUUUCUUUAUGUUUGAUGUGUAUAACAAGUAAGGUGAAAAUAAAGAGUUUUGUAAGAGAAAAUUCAACCUUGAAAUUUACUAAAUUCUAUUUAAAUUACAUAUAAAUUUGUAUGCCAAUGUAUCAUGUACGUGCUUUACAAAGUCAUGAAUGAAGUAGAAAAAUAAGUGAUGAAAAUGCAAAAA